GGUGAUGCACGAUAUCGUUGUUUGCUAACAGCCAAUAAAACCAACAAGAAGAAGAGGAGGCAGAGCUUGUGUUCCGCAGUCGGCUAUUUUGUGCGACGGAUGUGAGUAGUUAUUGGGACACCAGGGAGUACACGUGAGUUUCCAGAUAGACAGUGUGGGGAAAAAUGACACGCUGGGCGAAAAAUGUCAGUAAACACAAAACAAUGGAUGCUGCAUCAUGGAGCCAAUUAAGGGCAGGCAUAUCGGGUAGAAGGAACUCUUCAGGCAGCCUUUUGCAAGAAGAUGCAUCACUUCGUUACCCUGAUCGAAAAAGAGCUAACAAAAACAGACAUGAUGUGAAUGGAUUUAUGGAAUAUAUGAAACACAAAAGGCAACCAUUACAUAAUGGAGGGCGAGGAAUGGCCCCAGAGGAGCAGGACAUAAGAGAAGUAGCAGCUAUUUCUCUAAAAAAUAACAAAAGAAGAGAAAAUCGGAGGAUAAAGAGACAGAAGGCUAUAAAGACCAACAUGGUGUGCUUUAACUGUAGGAAGCCUGGCCAUGGAUUGGCUGACUGCCCAAAAGCUGAUGAGGAAAUGGGUAGAGGGAUCUGCUUUCGUUGUGGGUCUACAGAACAUGACAUCCAGAGGUGCAGGGCUAAAGUAGACCCUGCAAUGGGUGAUUAUCCAUAUGCCAAAUGCUUCAUUUGUGGAAAGACUGGUCACUUAUCCAAAUCUUGCCAGGAUAAUCCAAAAGGCCUUUAUGCUGCAGGUGGCUCUUGUCGAAUUUGUGGCUCAGUAGAACACUUCCAGAAGGACUGCCCAGAUCAUCAAACCUCAUCAAAAUCCAUCACAGUUGGUCGCCUGUCCAACAGAAUCAGUGCGGAUCAUGAGGACGUCAGUGUUCCUGUGGCACAAGUGUCACUCAAGAAAGUCAGAGUGGUGGUGUACUAAACACAGUCUGUUUUGUUUCAAGAUAAAAUGAAAGCAUUUGGGAGGAUAUAUUAUAUAUUUAUAAUGUACUUACCAUUCACUUUAAUGGGAAUACAUGUACCUCUGCACAUUCAUGCAGUUACCCAAUCAGCCAAUAAUGUAGUGGCAGUCAGAUUGUUGACUGUGAAAAAAUUAGGAGCUGAGCACUUUCUGAAAAACACAAACCGUUGUAAUGUUUAUUUACAUUAACUGACACUCUUGAUUUGUAUCUGCAUGAUUUAAUGCACUGCACAGCUGUUUUGGAAUUUGCUGUUUGGAUCACUGAAUGCAAGUGAAAAGGUCUUACUACAGUGGUCACAGAGUUUGCAGAUGGAUAUUAAUGCCAAUCAGUCUAAUCUCUCUCCUUCUUCCACCCCCACACUCUCUGCAACUAUGCCUUUCUCUAAACCACCCAUUGUUGAAUUUUGCUGUAAUUUAUCAUAAAAAAUAAUGUUAUAAACUAGUAUAUAAAAUAUGUCAAAUUUUUGCUUCUUUAACAAGGCUUUUUUUACAACAUUUCUAGAGGUUUUUUGGCUUCAUUAAAUGUAUGAUCCUCCCUAUGACUGAUUCAGAAUGAUUUUUAUAAAAUCUCUCUCAAGUUUUUUGUUUUUUUUUGCACAAAGAUUUGUUUCUAUUACAU